CGGAGCCGCCUCAGCUGCCGGCGCCAUGGCGGAGCGCACGGAGCAGCGCCUGGAGGACCGCGUGCCGGAGCUGCAGCAGCUCGAGCGGGUCGGGCUCUUCACGCACAAGGAGAUCAAGGCUGUCCUGAGGAAAGCCUCAGCUCUGGAAUAUAAAAUACAGCGGAGAGCGUUGCGCAAGGAGGACUUCAUCACUUAUAUCCAGUAUGAAAUUAAUCUGCUGGAACUGAUCAAGAAAAGAAGAGCACGUAUUGGUUAUUCAUUUAAGAAGGAUGAAAUUGAGCACUCUAUUCUGCAGAGAGUCCACAGCCUCUUCAACCGUGCUACAGGAAAAUGGAAGGACGAUGUCCAGCUUUGGCUUUCACAUGUUGCAUUUUGCAAGCAGUGGAAUUCAAAGCAUCAGCUUAGUAAGGUGUUCUCUUCCAUGUUGGCCAUUCAUCCCAAUAAACCAGAACUGUGGAUUAUGGCAGCAAAAUGGGAAAUGGAGACACAACUCUCAUCAGAAAGUGCUCGGCGCUUGUUCCUUCGUGCUUUGCGCUUCCAUCCAGAGUGCCCGAAACUUUACCAAGAAUAUUUCAGGAUGGAGCUGAUGCAUGCUGAAAAACAGAGGAAGGAAAAGAAAGCAUUCGAACAAGCAAAGAUGGACUUGGGGGAGUUCAGUUAUUCUGAAGAGAUUCUCAAUGGGGAAAUGGCUCGCAUAAUCUACAGGGAUGCUGCUCAGAAAAUUAAAGGUGUUCCGUUCCAUCUGUCUGUGCUUUCUAUCGCAAAGCUCUUUGAUUUUACCCAAGAUUUGCAAAAAGAAAUUCUUGAAAGUUUGCAGGCCCAGUACGCUGAUGAUCCUCUUACCUGGGACUACAUGGCCCGUCGUGAGCUGGAGCUGGGGUCCCUGCAGUCCACAGGACACACCACAAAGCAGAUGAAAGUAUCUGAAAUGACCCAAAGAGAGGAACGAUGCUCUGCGGUCUUUGAAGAGGCUGUGAGAGCAGUCCCAACAGAGGACAUGUGGAAAUGCUACAUCACUUUUUGCUUAGAGAGAUACAACAGGAAAACCAACAGUGAAGAAUUAAAGCAAAAGAGACUGGAGAGGACACUGAGUGUAUUCAACAAAGCCUAUGAGUCCAAUUUGCUCCUUGAAGCUUUCUAUAAACAAUGGCUUCAGCUCUUACUGGAGUGCAGCCUCUUUGAAAAGGCUGUGGAGGUGGCGGAAGCCGUGACGAAGCGCUUCACCCAGUCCGUGGAAACGUGGCAGAUGAGGCUGCAGGUGCUGAUCCAGCUGAAGAGAGAUGAUGUCACCCAAUGUUUUGAAGAAGCCGUUAAACACGUGAAAUCUAAGGGCACUUUACCAUUAUGGAUCCUCUGGGUGGAGUGGAGUGAAGGCACAAACAGUAAGGAAGACACAGACGCUCUCUACCAGAGAUCCUUACGUGCCACAACUCCUGCAGAAUCAGUGACUAUGAAAGAAAAGUAUCUUGACUGGACUUACAGAAAUGGUGGUUAUAAGAAAGUUAAAAGAGUCUUUACCAGCCUGUGUGAAAAUCGUCCACUUUCAGUUGACUUCUUCAGGAAGAUGAUCCAAAUAGAAAGGGAACAAGAAUCCUGCAAAAUGCUUCAUUUGAGAGAAUACUAUGAACGUGCCUUGAGAGAGUUUGGUUCAACAGGUUCUGAUCUCUGGCUGGAAUAUAUCAAAGAGGAGCUAAGUCAUCCCCAGGGCAAACCAGAAAACUGUGGGAGCAUUCACUGGCGAGCCAUGAAGAUGUUGCAGGGAGACUUGGUGGAAGACUUCAUUUCCAAAUACACUUUAUUGCAAACUGGACAUUUAUGAGAAGCUAUAAAUAGUUACAAAACACCAAUGUGGAUAUUUUUUUUUAACUUCUUUGUACAAAAGUAAAAGUGUGUCUCGACCAUAUUUAUGUGUAUCUUCUUUACGUCCUUGCAAAUGUGCAAAAAAACCAUCUUUCCUAUUGCAGUUCUAGUUCUGUCAGGGGCAAGUUCAAGUCACAGUCGGAGGAGAAAGCAAAGGCAUCUCUGAGGCUGUUCAGUGAGACUUCUGAGAGCAAACCUUCUUCCUGCUUAAACAUUGAGAUGGAAUAGUCAGAAUGCAUCGGCUUUUACACUCUGAAAAGCUAAUAUGACAACACAUAAAUGCAAAAAAAACCCUUAGAGAGUACACCUGUGGGGGAUCUUCAUAUCUUACUGAGUUGAAUAACGAAAAGUGAAACGCUGGAGAAACCAUCUGUAUAAUGUUGGUACUUAUUUACUGUUUCCCAGCCUUGAAGUCAUCUCUAAUACUUUUUUCAAAACCAAACCCAACCUCUUCAAACACCUUUUCUUGGUGCAUCUUAAGCUGUGAUCCUGAGUGACUAUGAAAUGUAGGGGUGAGCUGAGAUCUGUUACAGAUGUCCCUGAUGUGACAGUAGAAAGUUCUGAUCUAUGUUUCAGCUUCCUGACCACAGUGCCUGAAAAAUGGGUGACAGUCCUCGGCUGUUUUGCAGAGCCACAUUUUCCCAUGUCAGUCCCAUGGAAUCUGCAUAACUGCUGUCCUCAGAGCAAUCGAGGAUGCCUAGGAAAGUACAGCAAGACACAGCAAUAGCUCCUUUGUUUGAUUUCCCAGUGACUGACUGGUGACAUAAUGACAGUACAGAGAAAUAUUUUCCUCACACAAGUAGAAACUGCAGCUCCUCUCUGCAACACAUUCCAGUAACUUGACUAGCUAGAAGGAAGGUUUGGAUUGCUACUUCUGUGAUAGCUGAAGUACGCCCUACUUUGUCUUUCCCAAGCUUUUAGUGAGGCCAUCUUCCAUCUCCUGCUAUUUCUUGGCUGGCUGGUGUCUGGCAUUGUGCCUUCCUGACAGUAAUCUCUCCUGUCCUGUCCUGUCUGCCCUUUAUUAUGUUAUUCCCUGCCCUGAAUCACUUGUCUGUCUUCUUCAGUUGACAAUCAAAAAGCUUUUAAGUGCAAAGUACAGGGUUUGGGUGUUUUUCUUCUGGUGGUGGUUGUUUUUUUUAUUAAGUUCAGCAAAGCUGAGAGCUCCACCAUUUCAGAAAGUGAGCCU